CCACAGGCCAGUAACGCAACAACACGGAGAAGAAAAACAAACAUGGCGACCUCCAUGAGCAGCAGCGUCUCCUCUGAGUCGUUUCUCUGUGGAGGAAAACGCUUAGUCUGACUGGAAACAUCAGUGGGAAAUCACGCAGGUCAUGGCUCCAGGCUCCAGACUGGCGGUGGUGUGUGGAGGCUCCGGGGGAAUCGGGAGAGCCGUGUCCCGCCUGCUGGCAGAGAGGGGCUGCAGGGUGGCGGUGGUCUCCAGGAACGAAGACGCUGCCCGGGCCACUGUGGCGUCUCUACACGGAGCUGACCAUGUGGCUCUUAGCUGUGACGUCUCCAAAGAGCAGGAGGUACAGAAAACCUUUGACACUAUCCAGAAAACCAGUGGAAACAUCUGUUACCUUGUGAACGCAGCUGGAAUCAACAGGGACGCUCUGUUGCUGAGAACCAAGCCGGAGGACAUGCUGGCUCUGCUUCACACCAACUUGUUGGGCACCAUGCUGACCUGCAGGGCGGCUCUGCGCAGCAUGCUGCACACACAGGGAGCUGCCAUCGUUAAUAUAGGCUCUGUAGUGGGCCUAAAAGGGAAUUCUGGUCAGUGUGUGUACAGUGCCAGUAAAGCUGGUCUGGAGGGCUUCACACGAUCUCUGGCUAAAGAAGUUGCUUCACGUAAUGUCAGGGUGAAUCUUCUGGCUCCAGGUUUCAUUCGCACCGCCAUGACCUCAGGGCUGAGAGAGCAGGAUUGGGGGCGCUCCAUUCCGCUGGGGCGAUUUGGUGAGCCGGAGGAAGUCGCCCCGGCUGUUCUCUUCCUCUUGGAGAGCUCCUACAUAACAGGACAGGUGCUGGUGGUGGAUGGAGGGCUGCAGUUGACCAUGUAGGGUGCAGGGCCUUACCUCACCUUUUCAAAUACCAGCAAUGAGUCAGCCAAUCUUUUUGAAUGUAAUAUGACAUAAACUGAGGAAGUGGCUCAGGAAUAAGAAGAAGAACACACAGUGGACCUGUGGAUUUGACUGGCAGAAGUGAACUUUUGCACUUCACAACAUGUCAUGGUGGAAGUUGAGUGUUGCUUUUAUCCUGAAACUUUGUUGUAAACGUUUUGAAAAGGCCGUUAUGAAGCAUCUGCCAGAGAACCACUGUACCUCCGUGUCUCUGCUGCAGAGUCCCUGUGUCCACCCUGAGGGGGGCGCGGCCUCAAGUGUGUGAAGGUCAACCGUUGUGACUAACGUCGCUGACUCCAGAUUGUCUGACCCGGUCCAGACCACGGUUCCCAGAGGCCCUAAAUUUGAUAAGCAGAAUUAACGCUCUCUGUCUUUUUCCAUGACUGUCACGCUCCCCGCCACUGAUCGCAGCGCUCAUGUUUUGUUCCCCCCACCUCCCCCAGGAAACCCCCUCACAGCCGGCAAAUGUUGCCCCCCCCCCCGAGCCCACCUCUGGAGGGGCCUGUGGAGGGGCCAUGCGUGUUGGACUGCAGCUGGAGGAAAUUAAGAGGUGGUGGUGUGGUAUUUUUAGCUCUAGGAACAUUGUGCGUGUCUGGUUACAGCUCUGGUCCUGGGGGGUAGAGGGAUGAGGUUGGAGGUGAUUGUCAGGCUCAGUGAUGAGGUUUGAUAAGUUGUUCUGCUUGUUACUUUCAUUGAAACCUGCUGUUACCUGACCUAACGUGUCAAAACCGCCUCUAAAUGAGCUUUUAUGAUGAUGCUCUCCCACGUGUAUCCUCUACAUUCAAUUUCCAAUAAAGGACCAGAUUACGAUAUUUUCUGAUCAGCCUUCUUGCAAGAAUGUGCUCCCCACUUUGACUGUGUUCUUUGGCGUUCUCUGCCAGUGUAUAAAAACAUCUCACGCUGUCUGGAGAGAUUUUUUAUUAACUUUCAUAACCUAAAAUAAUAUCAGGAAACAAUCCAUAUACAGGCAUUGAUUGGCAUAGAAAUGUGCAAACACAGUCAGCUGAUGUUCGCUCCGAACAGACACAGAAGAAGAUGUCCACUUUGUAUAUUGUUACAGAGGUGACAAAAAUAGUAGAUAUAAAUAUACCUUGCUUUCUACUUUUCACCAGCUUAAGAGCAUUUGUUACCCUCCACAUAAUGUGAAAAAAAGCUAGUUAUUUUGAACAUUCUGGUACAAGUUGUUUGGCUCUGUACAAGUGUCCAAAAAUAACAUGAAAAGAAAUUGUGUUUGCAUUAAGCCUAAACGUGAUUUAAGGCAGUGUUAAAUAUAUAUUUAUAUUUAUUUAUAAAACUUAAUGAUAAAGAAAGCCUUGUUUCAUCAGUGAACAAAAAGUUGCUGAUGUAAUUUAUGCUGAGAUUGUUUGGAAAGCAAGUCGUUUUUUUUUUUCCAUACAAAAAUAAAA